UCAGCUGGGGGUGCUUGACUCGCAAUUCACCUGUGUGCAUUUUCAGCUAUUUGCUAAUACCAAGUCUGUCUGUCUGUCUGUCUGUCUGCCAGUAUGCUGGUUCGGGCGAUCCUGCAGACCUCACUGGUCCUGUGGCUGGUACAGAGCACCAUACAAGGAGGAGUUAGGCCACAGACUGGAGCUCUGGGAAGACUGGCGAGUCGAGGUCCUGGUGUCGGUGUAAAGUCUGGAGGUCCAGUGGCUGGUAUCCUCGGAGCCCGUGGAUAUGGGGCAGGCAAGCCAGGAAAAACAGCUGGCCGUUAUCUUGGAGGGAUGGCAUACAGACCCACUGCGAUCAGAGGAGGCCUGAAACAAGGAUAUGGAACACUCGGAGGUUAUGGAGGAGCUGCAAACCUUGGGACUGGCCUGGGGACUGGCCUGGGGACUGGCCUGGGGUCUGCUGGGCUGGGACUCGGCACAGGGUAUGGCCUAGGCAAUGGGCUGGGAGCAGCUUUAGGUUAUCCAGCAGGGAACCUCGGAGGAAGAGGUUACACCAGUAACGGCUAUGGAGCACAGCUAGGUUAUGGGGCAGGAGGAUACCCUGCCGCUGGACGCGGAUAUGGUGUACCAGCUGGCACACCCACAGGGCAAGGCUCAAAACCAUCAAAACUGGGUGUUGGGCCUAGAGCUGGCCAGCCCGUGUCACAGAGAGAGAGGGGCGAUGGUUACAGUCGCGGAGGGGUCCCUAAUGGACAGGGUGAUAUAGCCAAUGGUUUCCCCUCAGGACCAGGAGUGACCAAUGGAAUGAGAGCUCAAAUUAAGGGCUAUGGUCCAGCAGCAGAUAUGAAUAAUGGACGAGGAAUUAUUAACAAUGGACCAGUUUUGCCUAACGGACAGGGCACUGAACCAUCCAAUAUGGGUAAACGUCUUCCUAUUAAAAUAUCACCGGUUUAUGGCUGA